AUGCACUCUUCGUUGCAGUCGUCUCGGAUCGGCAACGCGAGCGGGGACGCCUGCGAGCGCCGGGACCCAUGCCAGCACGGCGGCGUCUGCAUCAGCACCGACGAUGGCCCCAUAUGCGAGUGCCGAGACGGCGACUACGAAGGCGCCUUCUGCGAACGAGACAAAGCACCAUCAGAGGCGACGUUUAGAGGCGCUGAAUUCUUGUCUUACGAUCUCACGCAGACCGGAGGCGAGCCCAUAGUGAGCACGCAAGACGCCAUCUCACUAUACUUCAAAACUCGACAGCCUAAUGGACUCCUGUUUUAUACUGGUCACGAGGCGGACUAUCUCAACCUCGCUGUUAGGGAUGGUGGGCUCUCCCUCACAAUGGGCCUCGGAAACGGCAAGCAGGAGAUGCACAUAAAGCCGGCUAAGACCAGGUUCGACGACCACCAAUGGCACAAGCUCACCGUCAGGAGGCGUAUACAAGAGAUAACACCGUUCACCAGUUUUUGUCGGGUCUCCGCUGUAGUGGAUGAUGUGUAUUCGGAGCACUCCCACGUGGCCGGCUCGUUCUCGAUGCUGGCCAGCUCCAGGGCCCAUGUCGGUGGCUCGUUAAAUGCACGUGCCCUACCAGGCGCCAGGGUCCACACGAACUUCAUAGGCUGCCUGAAAAAGGUGGAGUUCUCGGCCGACACGUUGCGGUUGAACCUGAUAGACUUGGCGCGAACUGGCAGCAAGCUUAUCGCGGUCACCGGACGGCUCGAGUACGCCUGCACUGCGACGGACUCUGCCGACCCCGUCACGUUCAGUACGCGGGAUGCACAUUUGAUUCUGCCGAAAUGGGAAGCCGUGAAGACGGGAACGAUCUCGUUCAAGUUCCGAACAAACGAACCGAACGGUUUGAUACUGUUCAACAUGGGCGCGAAGCCACCAAGGGCGGAUUUGUUCGCCGUGGAGAUGCUGAACGGUUAUAUUUACGUGCACGUGGACCUUGGGUCUGGUGGAGUGAGGGUGAGGGCCUCAAGACGGAGAGUUGACGAUUCCCACUGGCACGAGUUCCUAUUAAGGAGGACCGGGAGGGAUGGGAGAGUCACUGUCGAUGGGGCAAAUGCAGAAUUUAAAACACCCGGAGAGUCGAACCAGUUGGAGCUGGAUGGCCCUCUGUUCGUCGGCGGCCUGGGCUCCGAGUACUCGGCGUCAAGGACCCCGCCGGCUCUGUGGACGGCGGCCCUGAGGCAAGGGUUCGUGGGAUGCAUCCGGGAUCUUGUCCUUAACGGGAAGCCCCAGGACCUGACAGCGUACGCGCGUCAACAGGACUCAGCCUCCGUUCGUGCCGCUUGCCACGUAUUGAUGAAGCAGUGCGUGAGCUCGCCCUGUCAGCACGGGGGACUCUGCUCCGAAGGCUGGAAUCGCCCGCUCUGCGACUGUUCGGCCACCAACUACGGCGGCCCCACGUGCGGACGAGAAUCACCAACCAUCCAGCUGAACGGCAGUCAGCACUUGACCGCGCCGUUGGGCCCAGAACACGUGACGCAGACAGAGGAGCUGAUGCUGCGUUUCCGCACCAGUCGCGCUGGCCUCCUCCUGCGAACAGCCUCCGAGCAUUCGGCGGAUCGAAUAGAACUGGCCGUGGCGGCGGGCAGGGUGCGCGCUAGCGUCCGCCUCGGCGAUAGGGAAAAGAAUCUGCUGGCGGGUUCGAACGUGGCCGACGACGCGUGGCACACGGUUCGAUUCUCGCGUCGCGCCUCCAACCUAAAGCUGCAGGUAGACGGGGGGCCGGCCGUGCGCGGUACGUUGUCCGAAACUAUUCUGGGUAAGGCGUCCACUCUAGAAAUAUCCACGCUGCAUCUGGGCGGGCUCUUCCACCCAGAGGAGGAGAUCCAGAUGACUUCGACGCUUCCCAACUUCGUCGGGUACCUGCAGAAGUUCGUCUUCAACGGGAUCAAGUACAUCGACCUGGCCAAAAGCCUCGGCGUCGGCAGCACCGACGAGAGCAACAACGUCUACGAUGCCACCAACAUGAUAUUCAACGGGAGAUUCGUCAAGCCGGACUCCCUAAACGUGUACAAGUCCGUGACCUUCAAAUCGAAGCACACUUUCGUCGGUCUGCCGCUGUUAAAGGCCUACGCCAACACCUACUUGGACUUCUACUUCCGUACAACAGAAAUGGACGGCCUUUUGUUCUACAACGGCGGUAAGAAGCAGGACUUCAUAGCGGUGGAGCUGGUGAACGGUCACAUCCACUGCGUGUUCAAUCUCGGUGACGGCGUGGUGACCAUGAAGGACAAGCUGAAGGGAUUCUUGAAUGACAAUAGGUGGCAUACAGUGUCCAUAAGGAGGCCCACACCGAAGAUACACACGCUGCAGGUAGAUGACGACCUGGAAAUGCACACCACUAGCUCGGGGCUGAUGCUGGAGCUGGAGGGCGUGCUGUAUGUGGGCGGCGUGCCGCGCGAGGCGUACGGCGCGCUGCCGGUGGGCGUGGCGGCGCGCCAGGGCUUCGAGGGCUGCCUCGCCAGCCUCGACCUGCCCGGUGACUCGCCCUCGCUGCUCGACGACGCCGUCGUCCCCAGCUCCUCGCUCGUCUCCGGCUGCGAGGGUCCAACGAAGUGUACGCACAACGCGUGCGCCAACAAGGGCGUGUGUGUGCAGCAGUGGAAUACGUACGUCUGCGACUGUGAUCUCACAUCCUUCACUGGCCCCACCUGCUACGACGAGUCGAUCGCGUACGAGUUCGGCGCCGGGCGGGGCGCGCUGGUGCACACGCUAGCGGCGGCGGCGCGCGCCGACAGCGAAGCCGACCGGCUCGCGCUGGGCUUCCUCACCAGCAAGCCGGACGCCGUGCUGCUGCGGGUCGACUCCUCAAACACGCAGGACUACAUGCAGAUGGAGAUCAUCCGCGGCAACCUGUUCGUGCUCAGAUCCACUCGUAAGCUAAAUAUAAUCCGCGGCAACCUGUUCGUGGUGUACAACGUGGGCGGCGGCGACCAGCCGCUGGGCGACGAGGCAGCGCGCGUCGACGACGGCGCCUAUCACGUGGCGCGCUUCACGAGGAACGGCAGCCGCGCCGCGCUGCAGCUGGACUCGUACGCGGUCAACAUACGCCAGCCGCAGGGGGGUCAGCAAUCGACGAUAUUUAACAGCAUGUCGACAAUAACCGUGGGGGGCGGGGCGGGAGGGUCGAGGCCCUUCAGUGGCGUCAUAGCCGGCUUGGUGGUGAACGGCAUCAGGGUGCUGGACCUGGCCGCGGCCGGUGACCCCUCCGUCACGUUGCGCGGCGACGUGAGGAGGGCUCACACGCCGCUGGACAGAGACAUAAACAGAAUGCAGCAGACACCGCCGUCGGGCUACGGCGGCGCGCCGGACGAGCUGGUCUACUCGGGCGCGGGGUCCGGCUGCCGCGACGACGACGAGGACGCGUGCGUGCUGCCCGACGCGGGCUCCGGCGACGACCUCAUCACGCCCGUCUACGUGCCCGCCACGCGCCGUCCGCCCACCAAGCUGCGCAAGGGUGAUCAUAGCGGCAAGCUGAUGAAGCCAUGCGACGACGAGGACUGUAUUGAAGGGUCAGGAUCAAGCGGCGAAGAUAUCACGGAGCCUGAACAACCUACGACUACAUCGGAUACGAGAAGCACGCACGCCGUCACGUCGCCCGCGUCCGUCCCCUCCACCGCCCACGUGGACAGGACGGCGGUGGGCUCGACGGACGCCGACGUCACGCGCGCCGCGCACGCCACGCACGCCACGCGCGUCACGCACGCCACGCACGUCACGCACGUGGCGCACGUCACGCGCGUCACGCCGCACGACCACGGCAACAUGCACGCGGGCACCUUCGAGCCGGCGACGCCGCCCGACCCCAGGACCACGCCCACAGACGAGCACACGCGGCCGGGCCACUUCACGCCCACCGUGAGCGGCCGCCACACGCCCGAGGCCACGCGCAGCACGGACGAAGACCACCACAUGCCGGAGUACGAGGACCGCAGCGCCAACGAGCUGGACGCGCAGGCGCCCACGCACGAGGGCGGCGAGCUUAGCCGGCCGCCGGGCAGGGCGCACCCCGACUACAACGGCUACGAGCACGAGAUCACCACCAAGUGGUACCACCCCAAGACCACGGACAGCAGGGUGGUGCCGCCCGAGUCCGAAUUCUUCGCGACGAUUGUCGGGAUCGUAGCGUCAGUUCUGAUAGCGAUCAUCCUCAUCGUUAUCAUCGUGCUCAAGUACUUCGUGUUCAAAAUAGACCCCUCGUAUAAGGUGACCGAGGACAAGAGCUACCAGCAAGGGGCCAGCGCCGCCCUCUUGGGCAACCAGCAGGCGCACUCGAGCUACCAAAGCGCUUCAAGCGCUGCGCUGGGCACCGCCGGCGGGGCGUCGAGGAACCUGCAGCCGCUUCCGCUGCAGCGGAGCGCUGCGCCCGCUCCGGCGCCGCACGCCGCGCACCCGGUCAAGCGCGACGGCAUCAAGGAGUGCGAGACGGCUUCAAGGAGCGGUACGUGUAGGUCGCUCUCGCCCUUGCGGUUUACAUUAUACGGUUGGAUUUCGCGUGAGCCGCAAGAC